AUGGCUGCGAAAAUCAAGUUGAACGUCCAGAAUUUCCCACGCCCUCCCUUGCUGGAGAAAACACCAAGGCACUUGGUGCUGAGAUGGAACGGACAGACCCUGGCCGACACCAAAUCGGCGUACUGGGUCUUGGAAACUACACAUCCUCCAACCUAUUAUCUUCCCCGAAACUCCGUCUCGGACUCCUUCAAGCUCACCCAGGUCCCCGAGAAGGCAUCGCUCUGCGAAUGGAAAGGCCGAGCCACAUAUUGGGACUUGACGGACAAGUCGACAGGCCAGACGGUUACGAACAAGAUCUGGAGUUAUGAGUCGCCAACCCCGGCUUUCACAAGCAUCAAGGGAUAUUUGUCCUUUUAUGCCAGCGGCGUGCCGUGGGAAUGCUUCGUCGACGAUGAGAAGGUCGCUCCCCAAGAAGGCGACUAUUAUGGUGGAUGGGUGACCAGUGAACUCGAGGGCCCCAUGAAAGGAGGCCCUGGCACAUGGGGUUGGUAG